CCACCCCGAGCUGGCAGCACCCACUCCAGGGCCCGCCCUGACACCAUCCAGGCUCCCCCCGCCCAGAGGCGGCGAUGGAGAAAGAUCCCAGCUGCUACCAGGAUGCGGCCAAGAUGGUGGCGGGUGAUGGGUUGAGCGCCGAGGGGACGGAGACGCAGCUGGACGAUUUUGUGGGUGCUCACCCCGACUACAACGAGGAGGAGGAGGAGCAGAAGUACUAUCGCCGCAAGCGCCUCGGCGUCAUCAAGAACGUGCUGGCCGCCAGCCUGGCCGGCACGCUCACCUACGGUGUCUACCUGGGCCUCCUGCAAAUGCAGCUGAUCCUGCACUACGAUGAGACUUACCGGGAGGUGAAGUACAGCAACAUACAACUGGAGGACAUCGACCGCAAGGUGCUGAUGGGCAUCAAUGUCACCCCCGUCGCGGCACUGCUCUACACACCCGUCCUCAUCAGGUACGGUGCCGCCUGCACUCCCCGCCCGCACACCGGCACAGGGGCCCACGCUUCUCCCUCCUCGCCCCGGCAGGUUUUUCGGCACCAAGUGGGCCAUGUUUCUGGCGGUGGGCAUCUACGCCCUCUUCGUCUCCAGCAACUAUUGGGAGCGCUACUAUACGCUGGUGCCCUCCGCUGUGGCCAUCGGGGUUGCCAUCGUUCCCCUCUGGGCUUCCAUGGGCAACUACAUCACGCGGAUGGCCCAGAAGUACUACGAGUACGUCAACUACAAGGAGGAGCACGUGCAAGAGCAGCAGCGGGCACCACGGGGCGCCUGCAACACCUACAUCAUCAUCUUCCAGACCGUCUUCUACACCUGCUUCCACCUAAGCUUUGUCUGUGCUCAGAUGCCCAUGCUCUUCUUCCUCAACAAUUACCUCUACCAGCUCAACCACACGCUCUUCGGGGUCAAGCACUGCGGGACCCUGAGCCACGGCACGCUGCCCGGCUUCAACAAGACGGUGCUGCAGAGCCUGCCCCGCAGCAUCAACCUCAUCAUUGUGGAGAGUGCCCUGAUGGCGGCCGCCUUCCUUGCCAUGCUGGUGGUGAGUGCCAGGCUGGGCAGGGGAUGGGACAGAACGUCGGCAGUGCCUCACCCACGGUUGCACGGCAGGUCCUGGUGCUCUGCGGCUCGGCGUAUCGGCCCACGGAAGAGAUUGACCUGCGCAGCAUCGGCUGGGGGAACAUCUUCCAGCUGCCCUUCAAGCACAUGCGGGACUACCGCCUGCGCCAUCUCUUCCCCUUGUUCAUCUACAGCGGCUUCGAGGUGCUCUUCGUCUGCACCGGCUUCUCCUUGAACUACGGCGUGUGUGCCCUGGGGCUGGAGAAUCUGGCGUACCUUCUCAUGGCCUACGGCUUCUCCGCCUCGGCUUGCUCCAGCCUGGCCCUCUGCAUGCUGCGCCUGAGGCGGCAGAUCCCGCUCCUGGCCGGAGCCCUCAUUCACGCUGCCCUCCUGGUGACUCUCUUCUGCUGGGCACCCGAGCCCCGGCACCUGGUCCAGGCACCUCUGCUCUACUCCAUAGCUGUGCUCUGGGGCAUGGGGAGCGCCCUCAACAAGACUGGCAUUAGCAUCCUCCUGGGCGUGCUGUACGAGGACAAGGAGCGCCAAGACUUUGUCUUCACCAUCUACCACUGGUGGCAAGCUCUGGCGAUCUUCACCGUCUACCUGUGGUCGGGGCUGCCCAUGAAGGUAAGCAUGGCCGGGUGCCACCUCCGGUGCCUGCCAGGCUCGGGGGGGGUGCAGUGCCACGCUAAUCCCCUGCUUUGCCCUCCUGCAGGCCAAGCUUUCCAUCAUGCUGCUGACGCUGGCGGUGGCAGUGGGGGCCUACCUCUGGAUGGAGCACAAGGUGGCACAGCAUGUGGCAUACCGCCUGCCCCGCAUCCCCCGCCCGCGCCACAAGAUGCACGGCUACCGUUACUUGGAGGAUGACGACUCCGACGAGACCGGCUCGGAGGGCGACGGUGGCAAGGACAACAAUGACGAGCACCCAACGGAGGC